UGCAAAUGUGCUGACUGUUUCCGUCUCUGCAUAUUUUAUCUCUGUCUGUCCUAGUCUUUGGAAGGUUAUUCGUCAACUUUAUUUUCAUAUAUGCCUUGUUACGCUACUAAUAUUUCUUCUUUACAAGAUGAAGGAUCUGAUGAAGCCACCAUGGUUGAUCAAGCCACCCUCGAUAAAUUGGAAGCCGGAUUCAAGAAAUUGCAGGAGGCCAGCGACUGCAAGUCUCUCUUGAAGAAAUAUCUGACCAGAGAAGUCUUCGAUGCCUGCAAAAACAAGAAGACUGCUCUCGGAGCUACUCUGCUGGACUGCAUCCAAUCCGGUGUUGAGAACUUAGACAGUGGUGUCGGUAUCUAUGCCCCUGAUGCCGAAGCCUACACUCUUUUCGCCCCAAUUUUCAACCCCAUCAUCGAAGACUACCAUGAGGGAUUCAAGCCCACUGACAAGCAUCCACCCACCGAUUUCGGUGACACCAACACUCUAGUCAAUGUCGACCCCACUGGAGAAUAUGUCGUUUCCACCAGGGUGCGAUGCGGUCGCAGCUUGAAGGGAUAUGCCUUCAACCCUUGCCUCACCGAAGCUAACUACAAAGAAAUGGAAGAGAAGGUCGUCGCCAUCUUCAAUACUUUCGAAGGUGAGCUGAAGGGCAAGUACUACCCCUUGACCGGCAUGGACAAGGCAACUCAGCAACAACUUAUUGAUGACCACUUCCUCUUCAAGGAGGGUGACAGAUUCUUGCAAGCUGCUAACGCUUGCCGAUACUGGCCCACCGGCCGUGGUAUCUUCCACAAUGACGCCAAGACCUUCUUGGUCUGGUGCAAUGAAGAGGAUCAUCUCCGCAUCAUCUCCAUGCAGAAGGGAGGUGACCUCAAGGCCGUAUUCGAACGUCUAGUCAAAGCUGUGAAAACUAUUGAAGCCAAGCUUCCAUUCUCUCGGGAUGACCGUCUGGGCUACUUGACUUUCUGCCCCACUAACUUGGGAACCACCAUCCGUGCUUCAGUCCAUAUCGCCCUGCCCAAGCUCGCCAAGGACAAGAAGGUUUUGGAUGACAUCGCAGCUAAGUUCAAUCUCCAAGUCAGAGGCACCCGUGGUGAGCACACCGAAAGCGAGGGUGGUGUCUAUGAUAUCUCCAACAAGAGGCGAAUGGGUCUGACCGAGUACCAGGCCGUCAAGGAGAUGCAGGACGGCAUCCUCGAGAUGAUCAAGAUGGAGAAGGCUGCUGCCUAAGUUCAUUAUCAGUCACACGAUGUAAAAACCUUUCAUACGAAAACAUUUGCGGCCUCUCAUAUCAAGGACAUUUCUUUCUGGGGAAGGAGGGAAGAGAACCACUCUUAACCGUCGGCAAAAGAAAACUAAAGUCAUUUAUGUUAUUUAAAAACUUAUUUAUUUAGAGAUCUUAUUAUAUUUAAAAAAGAGGGGGGAAAUAAAGAUUCUUUUUGUGUACA